GAAGGUAAAUCGGGUGCAUAGCAACGGACAUAUCGGCGGUUAACCGGAUAAGAAGGUAACAAUACUUAGAUGCAGUGCAGGACAUCAUAAAGGGAGAAGAAAGGAUUGAUAUGUGGUAGUAUAAACAGCUGUAUCAUUAAUUCUUAGACAUCAUGAUUUUAGAACAAUUUAGAUGUCAUCAGAACUGAUAACUCAAGUGAGUUUUUAUACAUACCCCCCCCCCCCCCCCCGAACGAAGUUCCGGGGGGUAAUAUAUAGGAAUCACUCUGUCCGCCUGUCUCCUGAUUUGUGUCUGGGCCAUAACUUCUUUGUUCUUUGACAUAGGCAUACCAUAUUUGACACAUGAGUGUAUCACCAUGAGACGAUGUGUCAUGUACCUUCAUGACCUCCAUAUGACCUUGACCUCAAGGUCAAAAUUAAAUGUUUCUACAAUGGAUUCGUGUCGGGGCCAUAACUUUUUUGUUCUUUGACAUAGGCAUACCAUAUUUGACACAUGAGUGUAUCACCAUGAGACGAUGUGUCAUGUACCUUCAUGACCUCCAUAUGACCUUAAUCUCAAGGUCAAAAUUAAACGUUUUUACAAUGGAUUCAUGUCAGGGCCAUGCCUUCUUUGUUCUUUGACAUAGGCAUACCAUAUUUGACACAUGAGUGUAUCACCAUGAGACGAUGUGUCAUGUACCUUCAUCACCUCUAUAUGACCUUGAACUUUGACCUCAAGGUAAAAAUUGAUUAUAGGGAUUUGACAUAGUCAUACCAUAAGACAUGGGUGUAUCACCAUGAGACUAUGUGUCAUGUACAUUCAUGACCUCUUUAGGACCUUGACCUUUGAUUUCAAGGUCAACAUUAUCGGUUUAUACCAUGGAUUUGUGUUCAGACUAUAUCUUCCAUUUUCUUCAACAAAGGCAUACUAUAUUUUUACACUCAGGAAAGAGGUAAUGUAUGCCUAUUAACAAUGCCCUUUGGGAUAUUAGGUAGGGGGGGGGGGGGGGUGGUAUUCUUAGUGAGCAUUGCUCACAGUACCUCUUGUUAUGAUUUGUCAUCAGCAAACUGUUUAUCUGUAAAUGUUUCACAUUUUUAGCUCACCUGAGCUGGAAACUCAAGUGAGAUAUUCUGAUCACUUUUUGUGCACUGUCUGUCUGUUCAUCUGUAUGCACAGUUUUCACCUAUUCGAUUUCUCCAGAAUCGCUGUGACAAUGUCAAUUAAACUUCGUACAGAUGAUCAUUGGAGGAAGGCCCUUAGGGGAAUUAAGUUGUUCAAAGGAAGACUCAUGAUAUUUUCAAAAUAGACAUAAUCAAGAAAAUGGAAAAAUAGGAUGGAGUCAUUUGAAAAUUUUCUCAAGAACUGUUGGGCCAAAAAAGUUGAAACUUACCUAAAGGCUUCCUGACAUGGGUACCAUCAAGUUUGUUCAAAACACAGCCUCCAAGGGCAGGGUGGGGUAUUUUAGGGGAUAGGAGUUUUACUUGAGUAUAUAUAACAAACAUCUUUGAAAACGUUCUUGUCAAGAACAACAGAGCUCCGAGUAGUACUGUCAUGUUGAUAUAUGCAAGGACACCCAGGUAGUGUAGAUUCAAAUUUGAUCAAAUCAGUACCCCCAAAUCCAGAACCCUGUGGACAGUGAGUGUUCAAAAUAGGGAUCAAAGUUUUGUAUGAUAAUAUAUAUAGGAAAAUAUUCUUCUCAACAACAGUAUAUCCGUGGUUGGUCAUUAUGACAAGACCUUACAUUUCAUAUCAUGAUUGUUGACCUUUUAACCUUGUAUUUUAGUUAUGUUGUAACAUUUGGGGCAAGAAAAACGAAGAACAGCUGCAAGAGCAGGGCCAAGGUAACUCAGGUGAUAACAGCUAAAUAUAUCAGCAUCACAAAGACAGAAGAACAGAAAACAGGCGCUGAAUCCUCAGGACAGCUGUGUGAAAGAGAAAAGGAAGAUAAAAACAGAGUGGUUCACACUGGACUCCCAUGAGGUCCUGCAUUACUGAGGAAAGAAAGGUGAUGUUAAAAAGCAUCAGUUUUGACCACACAGAGUAUCCUUAAGUAGGGGGACUCAACAUUAAUCAAAAUCUGACUUCCUGUUUUGACGAAGGCUUGGACCAUCAACAAGUUACUGUAUAGAUUGUGUUCCUAAAGACCCAGACCCUCCACAUCAUGGACACACUAGGACUCAGCACUCAGCUAAAAGUACGACAAUGUUCUCAAUGUCAGGGGGACACUGAGUUUUACUGUAACACAUGUAAACGUGAUCUGUGUUUACAGUGUAAAGAGAAACAUGUCAUUGAUCUACAUACCAAACACCAUGAUGUUGUGAUUUACCGUGAGAAGUUUAAAUGUGUUCCAAUUAAUGAUGAUUGUUUCCGACAUCCGGGCUGGAAAUAUGAAAUGUUCUGUGAGCCAUGUGAAAUCCCUGUGUGUUUUGCCUGCAGUGAACAUAGAACUCAUAGGUUUCAGGAAUUACGUAGAGCCUAUCAAAAAAAGCGACAACAACACAGAGAAAUCAUUGACAACAUCAGAAGUGAGACUCUCUAUAACUGUCGUGUUCUCCUGGCAGGAAUCCAAACUGAUAUCCAAACUUGUCCCCCACAAAUCUGUCACCGUCAAUCACAGAUGUCAACAAAAGCCCAGAGACUGAAGGAUCUGAUUGACACUGUGGUAUGUGAUGUUAAAACAAGAUACCGAGGUUUAUUGAUUGAUAGAAUACAACAACAGAAGAGAAAAAUGAACAGACACCUCACCCACAUACAGAACUAUGAAGACAGAUAUGAACAAUCAGCAAACAGAGCGGUACAAUUCCUCUUGUUUAUAAAGACCAGUCGUGUCCCCCAGAUAAAGGACACCCCUAAUCUUCCACAACACCUGCUGCUGUCCCUGACUGAGGGAUUCAACAUGGAGGAUGUCAGUCCGUUAUUGAGGGGAAUCCCAGAAAUCCAAAUGACAACAGGAAAACGACAAGUAGGAAUAGACGAGUGUGUGAAACUGAUGUCCACACCUGUAUUACACACGUCUGUCUGUGUGACAGGUGUUAGUUGUGUGAGACACAUAUCUCGUGUGAUGUCAGACCGGGUCUGGGUCUCUGAUGAUGACAAUCUCAUCUUGACAGACACAACAGGAGACACUAUACACCGUGUGACAGGUAUAACACCAUGGUAUGGAGGAGGACCACACACAGUGAACAGUUCUGGUGAACUGAUUUAUAUAGACAGUAAACGUAACAUCAACAAACUGUCUGUGGACAAUCACACAGUCACCACACAGAUAGAGGAUACAUCACCAUGGCAACCACUGUGUGUGUACUGCUCCCCGUCCACUGGAGAUCUGAUGGUCGGGAUGUGGAACUAUAAAACAGGCAAGGUAACCCGGUACAACAGUAGUGGUCAACACAUCCUGACCAUACAACACGACAACAAACGUCAGACACUGUAUAGUGAUCCUCAUUAUAUCACAGAGAACACUAACGGUGAUAUUAUUGUGUCUGACUCGUCACGUGGUGCUGUAGUGGUGACAGAGCGCGGGGGGAGACAUCGAUUCUCCUACACAGGACCUCCAUCAGGAUCAUCACUAAAUCCAUGGCGAAUCUGUACAGACGCGCUGUCACACAUCCUGGUGUAUGAUCGUAACACCAACACAGUACAGAUGAUUGACAAGGACGGUCACUUCCUGUCUCUGUUACUGACACCACAACACGGGAUAAACAUACCACGCGGCCUGAACUAUGAUGAUAAAACUCACCUUCUCUGGGUCGGAUCAGACAACACCAACACAGUGUCUGUAUAUAGAUAUCUACAGAGGAGGUACUCUCUGACUGAUAAUCCAGACAGAGAUGAGCGGAUCACGGAAGCUUCAAGUGAUGAGGGGGUUCAGGAAUCAGGAUUAGAGCUGGAAAUCAGUGAAGAGUCCGAGUCUGAAGAAUACAGAUAUUAUCUGAACUACGAAGACAGCAGCGAGGAAUCUGAUCCUGAUGACGAGGACACUGCUGAAUCAGGGACCAGUGAAGAUAAUGGUGUAGAGGAAAAUGGGCAUGAUUGGAAUUUAGAGGAGACCAGCGAGAAUGAAGAUGAAUUAGAAAUGUCUGGAUGUCGGCACGAACAGAUUGCUAUGACUGAACAGGCCACCAACACCACGUCAUCAUUAAUCUUCCACUCCCCACCUGUGUCCCCAGACAGAAUUCCUGAUGAAUCUCCAGACUCUCCACCCUCCACCUGAAACAUUGAUGUUAACAGGCCAUCAACACCUCGUCACCACAUCAUCUUCCACUCUCCACCUGAGACAUUGAUGUUAACAGGCCAUCAACACCUCGUCACCACAUCAUCUUCCACUCUCCACCUGAGACAUUGAUGUUAACAGGCCACCAACACCUCGUCACCACAUCAUCUUCCACUCUCCACCUGAGACAUUGAUGUUAACAGGCCACCAACACCUCAUCACCACAUCAUCUGCCACCCUCCACCUGAGACAUGUUAACAGGCCUCCAACACCUCGUCACCACAUCAUCUUCCACCCUCCACCUGAGACAUUGAUGUUAACAGGCCACCAACACCUCGUCACCACAUCAUCUGCCACCCUCCACCUGAGACAUUGAUGUUAACAGGCCAACAACACCUCGUCACCACAUCAUCUUCCAAUCUCCACUUUAGUCCCCAGAUAUAAUCCCUUAUAAACCUUAAAAUAAAGCAAUUUAUCACUAACUGAAAAAACAAAAGUUUUGGACUUUGACAUUGCAAUAUGGUACAGGCAGGAAGCAUCUUUCUGUUUGGAAUUUAAUUUUAAGUUGAGUGAAUCCUUUUGAGGACGUGGAUCAGAUUCCACAAACGUAAUUGUCUUUGGUGUCUGUUGAUGAGAACAAGGAAAACAUUGACCCCAGUGUGCAAUACACAUGUUGUGAAAACAGAUUUAUGUUUGUAUUAAAAUUUGUAUACACAGUUUGUUUUAUGCAUGUAACAUGUUUAUCAUGAAAAAAAUAUAUAUAUUUAUAUCAUAAAUUUUGUAUAUUACUUCAUUUGGUUUGGUGAUUAUAUCUGAAAUUUUGUAUAUUGUGUUUUAUGUGUAGUUUGAUGUUUGUAAACUGAUGUUUUGAAUAUUACUACAUUUAGCUUGAAGAUUGCAUCAAAAUUUUUUAAUAUUACUUUAAUUACUUUGAUGAUUCUAUCAGAAAUUUCGUAUAUUACUAGAUUUAGUUCAAUGUUUACAUCAGAAGGUUUGAUAAACUUAGAUCUCCAGUUUCAUGUAUAUCUGUUAUUGACAUUGCAUUGUUUAAAGAAUGUUACACCAGAAUAUAAUAUUUUCACAUAAAAACCA